ACCAGGAAGAGACUGACUUGUUAUUUCUCCUUUCUGUCAUACUAAUUUUGUCUCGACAAAAGCAUAAAAGAGUCGUCUAUCAAUGAAGAACAAAGAGAAAAACUUUCAAGAAGGAUUUUUGAGAAGUUUGUUUCUGAACAGACAGCAGAUCUUUGAGGUUAUUCAUUUUUGAAAACAUCAUUCAGAAAGUGAAAGUAAAGUUUAGACUGCAGGAGCUCAAACAGUGAAAAUGGCUUCAGCAGCUGAAGAUGAUUAUAUUUGUCCCGUGUGUCAUGAAAUCUUCAGUGUUCCUGUUCUUCUGUCAUGUAGUCACAGUUUCUGUAAAGAGUGUCUUCAACAGUUCUGGAGAAUCAGGGAAACUCAGGAGUGUCCUGUCUGCAGGAGAAGAUCCUCAAAAGAUGAACCUCCAGUUAAUCUCGCAUUAAAGAACUUGUGUGAGUCGAUCCUGAAGGAGAGAAAUGAGAGGCGUUCAUCAGGAUCUGAGGAGAUCUGCAGUUUACACAGUGAGAAACUCAAACUCUUCUGUCUGGAGGACAAACAGCCUGUGUGUUUAGUGUGCAGAGAUUCAAAACAACACGACAAUCAUAAAUUCAGACCCAUCGGUGAAGUGGUUUCAUCAUAUAAGGAGGAUCUCAAUACAGCACUGAAGUCCUUACAAGAGAAACUUAAACAUAAUGAAAACAUUAAAGGAGAGUUUGAGAAAACAGUUCAACACAUCAAGUCUCAAGCUGAGCACACAGAGCGUCAGAUUAAACAGCAGUUUGAGAAGCUUCAUCGGUUUCUCAGAGAUGAAGAAGAAGCUACAAUCACUGCACUGAGGGAGGAAGAGGAGCAGAAGAAGCAGAUGAUGAAGGAGAAGCUGGAGGAGAUGAACAGACACAUCUCAGCUCUUUCACACACAAUCAAAGACAUGGAGGAGAUGAUGAAAGCCAGUGACGUCUGCUUUCUGAAGGAGUUUCCAGUCUCAAAGGAAAGAGUCCAGAGAUCACGGCCGGAUCCACAGAUGGCUUCUGGAGCUUUGAUUCAUGUGCCACGUUACUUGGGCAACCUGCCGUUCAGAGUCUGGAAGAAGAUGCAGGACAUCGUCCAAAACACUCCUGUCAUUCUGGAUCCAAACACGGCGAAUCCACGUCUCGUCCUGUCUGAUGAUCUGACCAGUGUGAGAAACAGCGAGAUCAAACAACCUCUUCCUGAUAAUCCAGAGAGAUUUGACUAUUAUCCCUGUGUUCUGGGUUCAGAGGGAUUUAACUCAGGAACACACUGCUGGGAUGUGGAGCUUAAAGAGAGUUCAGACUGGAUUCUUGGAGUAACUACAGCAUCAAACCAGAGGAAGGGAGAAGAUUUAUUUAACACUGAUGCCUGGGGUGUGGAGUGCAGACAGUUUAAACAGAAGCUUGAUCGAGUGAGAGUGAAUCUGGACUAUGACAGAGGAACGGUGUCAUUCUCUGAUCCUGUAACUAACACACAUCUACACACACUCACAACCACCUUCACUGACACACUCUUUCCAUUCUUCAGUUGUUCCUCUCUGAGGAUCUUACCGGUCAAUAGUCAGUAAUCGUCACUCCUGUAGGUCUGGAUCUUCUGCUUUCAUCAUAAAUAAAUAAAUCAUGUAAUGUUUUUGUAGAAAUUAUAGUAUAAUACUGUAAAGCAGAAAUAUGUUAAUAUAAAAAAAAACUUUUUCAAUUUGUACACAUUAAUGGGUGUUUAGGGGUAAUGCAUGUUGUGUUAAUUUGAACUCAUUCAUUGUGUUGAUGAGUUUUACAUAGUUUUACAAAUCCUAAACAAAACAUUAGCGUUUGACAAAAUUAAUGUAAAGUCAUUGAUUGUUUAUCUUAUUGUCAAAAAAACUAAACAAUUAAAUAUAAAAUAAAAUAUCAGCCAUUAAAUUUAUAAUUUAUAAUAAAUAUGAUCUUAAGCGGUCAGAAAGGAAAUGUCCAGCUCAGGACUAAGCAGUUCUCUUCACAAUCUCAUUAGGGAUCAUGACACAUGACCUUCAAAAUCAUUUCACUGUUACUAAACUCUGUUGGAUUGAUGAACACUGGAGGCCAAAAGUUUGAAUAUUAAAGUUUCUUAAUGUUUGUGAAAGAAGUCUCUGAUGCUCAAGAAACAUUUCUCAUUAUUAUUAAAGACCCCCUGAGGUGAAAA